AUUACAAGGAAGAGCACCUUGAGGUGAAACAAAGGAGAGAUGAGGAGGAUGUCAAUGAAACGACUUUGGCUGUUCACUUUCAGUGCAAUUCUGGCAACCGCUCAUGCCCUCACUGUGGAAACACCUGACAAGGAAAUACAGGUGGCACGAGGGAGCAACGCUACUCUCCGCUGUAAUUUUAAGACGGAGGCUUCUGUUACCUCAGGAGACUUUGUCGUCUGGAAGAAAAUAGAUAGCAAGGAUGAUGCUGUCACUAGGUAUUUUGAUGGAGUUGUACAGUAUGGCGAGGGCUAUGAAAACCGUUUACAGUUUGGCGAUGGCGUAAGCAAUGGGGAUGCCAGUAUCACCAUCAGUGCAGUGACCAUGGAAGACAAUGGAACAUACGCAUGCAGCGUCCGUGUGAAGAGUGACCCACCCAGGCAGUCUGCAGCCUUGUCUCUUUUUGUCCUUGUUGCACCAUCCAAGCCAGAAUGCAAGAUUCUGGGGACAGCACAAUAUGGACACACAAUCAAUCUGACUUGUGUUUCUCAUGAGGGCUCCCCAAAGCCCAGAUAUACCUGGCAAAGCUUCAACGUACAAAAUGAGCCCCGUACUCUACAAACAACAGAAGGGCAACAAAUAACUCUGAAGAACAUCUCUGCAGAUACCUCUGGCUUUUACAUCUGCACUUCAACAAACAGCGUGGGAAAGGAAUUUUGCAACAUGACAGUCAGCGUCGUGCCACCAUCCAUGAACAUAGCUCUUUAUGCUGGCAUCAUUGGUGGAGUUGUUGCUGUAAUUAUAGUUAUUGGUAUUAUAGCCUACUGCUGCUGCUGUCGGGCGGAGAAGGAAAAGGACUAUGAGAUGGCGGAGAGAGAAGACAGACGUGAACCCUCCAGACAGACACCUACAAGGAAUCAGACAGCAGAGGACGAUUUUGAAGAUGAAUGAAGAAGCAGGAGGCCAAUGCCAUCUUCAGGACUUGCUGAGGCACAGACACUGCUGUAGAAAAUAAAUUAAUCCCUCUUUCUUACUGCAAGAAGGGUUUUUUUAAAAUAAAAUGAAAGCUAAUGGCCCUGCCCUCAAGUUCUGAGAGAGCAUUUCCCGGUCUCCCUGGAAAGAAGUGCCUAAUGUACAAAUGAGGACUAAUACAUAACCUCACAGCUGAAAAAUGCAUGUGAAGCACUGUUUCACCUGGUCAUCCAAAAAUAAGCAGUCUUCUAGACUUCCCACUUUCUGAAAGAACCAACCAGUCGGGUCUGUUUGGAGAAGAGAGUUGCUGCUGUAUACCCAAGACCUACAGAAGGUUUCAAGGUCAUCAACUGCAAGUCAUUGAAGAAGGGUGGUCUUGUUUAUGGCGGUACGCAAUGCAUUUGCACGCAAGCUUACAGCAUUGCCCUGUACAGCAAUGAUUUUAUGCACACUGAAGCAAGCUGGUUUCUAAGGAGAUUUUAUCAAUUAUGUCCUUUGUACACACUGUACAUGAACAUAUAAAUACAAACAUGGGAAAAAUUAACAGAUGAGCAAUAAAAGUAUCUCAUUUGGAACAAAAAUGCAUACUAUUGGAAUGGAUAAGGUAAGAACUUAGAUGGACAUGUAAAUGGCAGAUGAUGAGAUCUACAGUCUAUUAGCCUAUAUACUGUCACAUUCCUUAACUUACGAGUUCUAUCUCGAGUUCUAUCUUAUGAGUGUUGCAUGGGCAAGUCAGAAAUAGUCCAUUGCUCUGCUGCUGCUUCUGGAAAAAAUGACAGUGUGAAAGCAUGUGCAUGGCAACUACAUCUUUAAUGAAAAGAAGGAACAGAAAAAAUGGAGGGAGGGAGAGGAAUAAAAGUACCUUUUUAUUCAAAAUUGCAACAAUUUAAUCAGAAGCACUGGAUGUGCAAAAGUGGAGAGAAUUCCUAUCACUAGUAUCUUAUCUUUGGAAAAGAAUGGGAUGUCUGUCCAAAAGACAGUCAGUGUGAUAUUAAAACUAAUU